AUGGCGGGCGGCCGGGGGGCGCCGCAGCACAGCCCGCGCCGGUUCCCGCCAGCCCCGGGCGGGCGGGCAGCACGUGCCACCGCCCCGCCCCUCCCCAUUGGCGGGCUGCCCGCCGGGCGGGACGGACUUGGCAGGGCAGCGGCGGCAGCCACAGCUCCCCGUGAGGGUCGCGGCUUCAUUUCCUGCCACCGUCGGACCGGAGGUUCCAUGGAAGGUGUAACUGAUAGAGGGAAUUCGCAGUUGACAGCUGCAGCUGAUAAAGGAAAUGCUUUGUCGCAUUCUGAUUUGAUUAAUGAGAAGCCAAAGAAAUGGCGAUAUUCUCCUCAGAAUGUUUUCUCUCUUGGAUAUAAGAAGAGUCUCUUCAGCUCAUUGAGCUCGUCCCCUCAAAUGAGGACCUGCCAUUGCUGCAGUCUGUUUGGAUCCCUCAGGUGUUCACAGUGCAAGCAAGUACACUAUUGCAGUGUAGAUUGUCAGAAAAAAGAUUGGGCAGCACACAGGGUUGUUUGUGAGCCACUUAAACAGAAUGUAAGUAAUAACAAUGGAGGCAAGUUACCUGCUGAAACCAAUAAGGGCGUUUAUCUUAAGGGUAAUUCAACUUCUCUGGAGUCUCUUGGGACAGAAAAGCAUGUGAAGAAAAUAAUGUUUUCAGAUCUCCAGACUCUAGGGAUCAAACCAGCUAUGGAAAUACAGGGUACAGUAACAGAGUUCAAGAGUCAAAGUCAAUUUUAUAUACAGAUGAGUUCUCCAGAAAUUUUAAACCAAAUCAGUAAACUUUCUCUGAAACUGCAAGAGUGUUAUGCUGACACGGUUAUUCAAGAGCAAUAUAUUGCUAUCCAAGGGGAAGUCUGCGUUGCAAGGUAUUCUCAGGAUCAGACCUGGAACAGAGCACUGAUAAAAGAUGUGGAUCUAUUGCAAAAGAAGGCACUAAUAUUCUAUAUAGAUUAUGGAAAUGAAGAAUAUAUUCCUCUCUCCUGGAUUAAAGCCCUGCACAAAGACAUUGAACUGUUGUUUCCUCCAUGUGCCAUUAAGUGUUCCUUGGCUAAUUAUGACCCAAAAGAAGAACGAUGGAAUGAAGGCAUGGCUAGAUUUUCUUCCCAACUCACGGGAAAGCACUGUUCAGUAACUGUUGUUGACAUACUACAGGAAGAAAUUAUGUUGAAUUUUGUUGUAGAUGUUGUUUUUCCAGAUGUUGGAGACUGCCUAGAUAAAAUACCUUUAAAAAUAAGGUCUGAUGUAACUCCAGGAAGUAAUGCCACAGGAGGAGACUCUCCAAGAGGUACUGCAUCAGAAAACCAUACUAAGGGAAGUAAAGAAAAAACAGGUGAACAUGAAGAUUUUCUUCACUGUUCUAAUUCAGUUGCAGAGUGUGUUUCCGUGUGUAUCGGAGAUGUAUUUCCUGGUGUGGUUUCCUGCAUUCAAAAUCCAGAAAACUUUUACUGCCAGCAGACACGCAGUGCCUGUCAACUUGCUGAGCUUGAAGUGUCUCUUAAUGAAUAUUGUGACAAAUCUCCCAGUAGUUCAGCUUUUCAACCUGCUGCUGGAGAUGUGUGCUGUGCCCAGUUCACAGAAGAUAAUCUUUGGUAUCGUGCUGCUGUUAUAGCAUGUGUUUCUGAAAAUACAGUUUUGGUGGGCUAUAUAGAUUAUGGUAAUCUUGAAGUUCUUCCACUGACAAGACUUCGUCCUCUGAUUCCAAGAUUAAUGCACUUGCCAGCUCAAGCCAUAAGAUGUACCUUGGCAGGUGUAAAGCCACCAUUAGAAGCCUGGACCUCAGAAGCUAUUUCUUUUAUGAAACAACUGGUGAAAGACAAAGUGUUUACAGUAGAAGUAGUGGAUAAAGAGAGUUAUGGAUCUGUGGUGAAGCUUGUAGAUGCAUCUGUUACUCCAGUAAUAAAUCUAUCAAGCUAUCUUAUAGAGAGAGGCUGUGCAGCUGAGAAAUCAGGGAUGGCCUUACCAACAGUCCGAAUGAGUGAUGUUAAGCAAGCAAAUGAGGAUGCAACAGAUGAAAGAAUUUACAAGUGGAGUAAACUAACUCUUGAACAAACAGUAGAUGUUGUAGUGUGUACACUUUACAGUCCUAGAGAAUUCUACUGUCAGAUUUCAAAUAAGAGUGUUUUACUUGCUCUACGCUUACUUAACAAAUCGUUGUCUGAAUACUGUCAGAAAACUCCACCAAAUGUUUUUAAGCUGGAGAAUAGAGAACCUUGCUGUGCUUUUUUCUCUGAUGAUGGUAACUGGUACCGUGCUUUGGUGCAAAAUGUUACUUCAUGUGGAACUGCUAAAGUAUGCUUUGUGGACUAUGGAAAUACUGAGGAAGUACCACUGGAUAAAAUACGGCAGAUCUCAUCCUCGUUCCUACAACUUCCAUUUCAAGGGAUUAAAUGCUGGCUCUCAGGUAUAAAGCCUGCUGAUGGCAACUGGAUUCCAGAAGCUACAGCAAGAUUUCAUAUGUAUGCUGCAGGGAGAAAGCUUCAAGCCAGAGUAAUUUCCCUUUCCAGAGAUGGGGCAGGUGUGGAGCUUAUUGACAAUUCCUCAGGUCAUCCAAAAGUGAUCAAUGAGAUGUUAACUUUUGAAAAAUUUGCUGUAAAUGACGUUUUAAAAGAUAAAAAUAACUUUCCAGACAAGUCUGCUGACAAAAGAGAAACCUCACUCAGGCGCUGGAAGUCGAUUGAAUUGGCUAUAGAUGAAACUGUACCUGUCUGUGUAACAGAGGUGGUGAGCCCUCACUUGUUCUAUGCUGUACCAGUUCAAACUAAAGUAGGUCAAGAGAAACUACAUAAGGAGUUGUUGAUUGAUCUGGAGGGAUAUUGUAAAUCUUUUAAGAACCAGCCCUUCAAACCAAAACGAGGUGAAGCCUGUUGUGCCAGGUUUUCAGGUGAUGGCCAUUGGUACAGAGCUCUUGUUCUACAAGCUUCUCAGUCUGUAGUGAAAGUAUUGUAUGCAGACUAUGGGAACACAGAGACUUUACCACUUUCAAAGGUGUUGCCAAUCACCAGUUCCUACUUAAAGCUGCCUUUUCAGAUAAUAGUGUGUUCGCUUGCAGGAAUAGAGAAAGCUGGGUGGUCUCCAUUAUUACUUGAGAAGUUGAAAGAACUGUUACUGAAUAAAUACGUCACAAUUACAGUGAAAGGAAUUAAUGGAAGUGUUAAUUUGGUAACAGUGGAGACACUUUGUGAAAAUGGUAGUUUGAAUGUAGCUGACAAACUCAUAACAGAAGGUUUAGUCAAAGCCUGUAGUGCUGAAAACAUACGUACUGAACAUCAAGGUGAUGGAGGUGAGACCAAAUGCUGCUGCAGAGAAUUAAAAAUGCAGCUUAAAAGGCACGAACAGAUCCUACUCUUCCUUCUAAACCAGAAUCCAGAUAGAUCCACUGAAAUGAAAAAACUGUUGGACCACUAAGUCCCUGACGUGCCAUUUCAUUUGAAUGUAUACCAGGUUGCUGCGGUUCUUUUGGAAAAGCAAGCGUAUUCAUUAGCCUAAAAGAGAGUUGCUAUGUAAAAAGUCUGCUGUUUACCUGUAUUUAUUUGUAUGUUUGGAUUGUUACUGUUAAAUAAAUACAUAACUUGAAGGAUUUCAAAGCUUUAAGCUAAAAUUUCUGUUCUGUUUUUGUUUUAUACCACCGUGUGCUGCUAUGCUUUUUUUUAUUUGCUUUUAUUUUGCUGUUGAAUGCGCAUAAGGAUGGAGUGGCCAUUCCGUUGUGUGUUCUGCAAACUUAGAUUUGAAAUUAUUGUAAUCGUAAAGCUUACUUCAACUUUGGUACUGUUUAUUUUACUUGAAAAACUGUAUUUUUGUCCCUGACAGUAAUCCUUCUAGACAGUGCACAGCAAGGAGAGAUAAGAGACUUUGUAUGGCUUGGAGACUUAGUUCACUCCUUAACUUCAUAUGAAAACUUUGGGAACAUUGAUGGAGGGACAAAUCAAGCAAGAAAUAUGGAAACCUGUUACGUUCUUGAUGUAGCCUUGCGUUCCUUUUGCUUCUCUGUUACUUUUCAGUUGUAAUUGAAAUAAUUGAAGUGAUAAACUAUUAGCUACAGACUGUAUUUACCUAGAUACUAGUAUAGAAUCUGAUUUUGAGGUAAAUUUUCCUGUGUGAUCAUGUUCUGUAUAAUACCCUUUGUUCAGGCACUUAAACUGUAACAUCCAUGCUCUUGGUAAAUAAAAUUUCUUAAUU